AUGGCGUCCUCUAGGACAGAAGAAAGUGCAUUCAAAAUGGACAUCCACAUCACAAGAUUCGAGGAUUCCUCGCCAGUGUUCUUUAAAGUUGAUGGUGAAAGGUUUAAGGAGACUCAGACUCUGAAACUACAAGUGGACACGUCGUAUAAACUUUCAUUUGAGUUUCGUCCAUCGAAGGAAGUGAGUGAAAUUUCUAUUGGUGGAGGAAAUGUUAAGCAUGAACUCAAGAGAAGUGAUGAAAGAUCUUCGGUGUAUGAAUGCUCAUGGUCUACAAAUGGGAUGAGUACAUCCAAAAAUAAAGACAGA